AUGCUCAGCCUACUUCGCUGCCCCUUCGCUGCCCUCCUUGUAGUUUCUUCGUUCUUGGCGUCCGAGGCUUACUCUUCCCCUUUCUUUGCGGAUGGUCCCGGGCAGGUGGUGCUCUCUAGUCCACAGCACGACGUUCCAUUUGCAUCUGCUUCCAACGCGAGCGAUCCACCACACUGGGUGAUCUACAGCGAUAAAUACGUGUCUGGUGACACCGGUCCUCCUAACGUGACAUCCGUCGAGGGCUUCAAUGUGUUUAUUUUGUCUUUCCUCCUCACCGAGGGCGCAUACGACAAAGCAGAGGAGUGGACCACGCUCACGAAGGAUCAGCGUACCCAGAUCAAAAAGCAGUAUGCAGACGCCGGCAUCAAGCUCAUGGUUUCAGCAUUUGGCUCGACCGACACGCCGACUUCUUCCGGUGCCGACGCUAUCAAGACUGCGGAUAAUUUUGCUGAGUGGGUCCAGGAAUACGACCUCGAUGGCAUAGACGUUGACUAUGAGGACCUGGCUGCGAUGGAUGCUCGAGACGGAAAGGCUGAACAAUGGCUGGCGAACUUCACGACGGAACUUCGAGUCAAGUUACCGGCCGGAUCCUACAUUAUCACACAUGCUCCUGUCGCCCCUUGGUUCUCGCCGGAUGCAUACAACGGCAAAGCUUAUCUGGAAGUCGACAAGAGCGUCGGUAGCUUGAUUGAUUGGUACAACGUCCAAUUUUACAAUCAGGGAUCAACGGAGUAUACCGAUUGCGAUGGCCUCCUCACGAGGUCGUCAACCCAGUGGGCCAACACAUCGGUAUUCGAAAUCGCCAAUACCGGGGUUCCGCUCAAUAAACUCGUGAUCGGCAAGCCGGCCCAAGUGGGGGAUGCGUCAAACGGCUAUAUGGAUGCCGAUACAUUGGCAGGAUGCCUUUCACAGGCGAAGGCUAAAAACUGGACUGCCGGCGCGAUGGUUUGGGAGUAUCCCAACGCGGCCACGUCUUGGAUUAAGACUGUGCGCUCGAAGUCCUGGCCAGCAUGAUUGAAUUCCCAUUUUGCUUUUAUCCUUUGAGAGUCCAUAGUACUAUCCUAUUCGGUCGAGCAAGCCGUGCCCAGCCAUAGCGAUACUCGUUCCGCUGUUGGACAUCAUACCAUGCCAUGAGUAC